UUCCAAUUUUGUCAAUUCUAUUUGGAGGGAAAAUAUUUGCUAUUUUGUUCCUCUUUCUCUCCUCUGCUCACUGUGGUCCAAAACCAUGUCCAGACGGCGACUUCUUACAGUCUACACCUCAUCGGACGACGAUGAAGACGGCCAACAACCACCGCAACAUGAAAACCCUAACCCCCAUCAAGCGCCACAGCAAUCGCCGCAAGCUGGUGAACAAAAUGCUGUCUUUGACGAAGUAAUGGCGGUUCAAGGCGAAGAAGAAGAGGAGGACAUUGAAAUUCCAUCUCCAAACCCUAUCCCUCGUAUGGAAUCUGUAACCCUUAAUUCCUCUCGUUCCACCUCAAUCUCAACCUCAACCACCAACAUCACUACUACCCCCACCGCCCCCGUCUCCGAACCUCCUCUCCUUAUUUCCGACGAGGAUUUUAUGGACGUUUUCGAUAACCUCUCUCCUCCGCAGGUGGUUACUGCCACUUUCGUCGCUUCAGAUUGUCUUGUGAAUGAUAAUUUGAGGAAAAUGGGGUUGAAUUUGAGGAGAGAGUGGCUUGAUUCCUGUAAAUUAGGGCUUCAGAAUACAGUACCGGGUUUCUCUAAUUUCGACGUUGAAACGAAGGCUAAGCUUUGUUUUGGGCAGUUUCUGUGCUCGGACAUGAAUUACACUGGUGCUGGUCUUCUUCCUGCUAAUGUGCAUCAGUUGCAUCUUGUUGAUCUUGCUGGCCCUUUUGUUUUGCAGGUUGAUGAAGUAAUCAAUAUUAGUUGUCCUUUGAGGGAGAGGUACAAGAAUGCACAUCCAGGGAAUAAAAGGUGCCUCAAGCUCUCCAUGACUGAUGGCAUCCAACGUGUAUUUGGCAUGGAGUAUAGGCCUAUAAAAAGUCUUGAGGCCCUUGCACCUUCUGGGUUUAAGGUUGUUAUUCGGGAUGUGAAUGUGCGGCGUGGGAUUCUGAUGUUGGUUCCUGAAGUAUUGGAAAUUCUUGGUGGCUCUGUUGAAGAGCUUGAAGCAGCUAGACAGAGGCUGGUUCAUGACGUUAAUAAGCCACCAAGGGGAAAAAGAACAAGGAGUGGUAUUGCUCCCCCAUUGUCGACUAGAGCAACCCGUGCUGCUUGGGCACUAAAUGGUGUUAGUAAUGAGGGCACACCACCAAAUGAUGCUAAUGAUGUUCCAGGGAACACUGCGUAUUCUAUGCUACGUGCUGCAACUCAGUUUCGUGAAAAUAGCUUGGGUGUUGAUCCAAGCAGUAGGAUGAGGCAAGUCCCUCUUGCACGCAGAGUUAUUUCUGAGCUUCCUACUCCAGGAAGAAAUGACCAGCAUUCUUUAAGUAGGGACUCUGCUCAAAAUCACAUUAGUAGAGAAACUGUUCAACGUUAUAACAAUGCAGAAGCUACUGUGCUUUCUACAAGUAGAGAAACUAUCGAGCCAUUUAAUGGUAGAGGAUCUUCUGAGCAUUUUGUUCGCCGAGGGACUGCUCAUAGUUCUAUCAGUGUAGAUGCUUAUAAGUUUCCUACAGUUACAGAAGCUUCUGAACAAGCUCCUGUUAGAGAGCAUACUGAGCUCAAUCCGGUCUCUGCCACUGCCGUUGAAAAUGAAGAUGCUCUCAUGCAAUAUUAUAUGGAGCCACCGUUUAUACUAAGUGGAGAGAGAAAGUUUCCUUUCAUUUAUUUUGCAAGUCUGUCAGCACAAUGGGAGGCAGUGAAGGAAAACAAACCUUCUGUCCAAGGAAAGAUCAAGUGCAUUUUUACUGGUGUGAAGAGAUUCCGGUACAAGGGGAGAUCUACAUUUGAGCUCCUGGCUUAUGCUGAAGAUGGGAGCCUCAUAUCUGAAAUCUAUAUUCACCAUAAUGCUCUGCAGAAAGCAAUAGGCUAUUCACCUGAAGAGGUGAAUGCUGCUCUUUCCUCCUCGGAUGACAAAGUAGUUAUAGACAUGAAGAGCACACUAAGCCAAUUUCAGGUUUUCUUGAUGAAUUUUGAGGGUACAAUGCUUGUGGAGAUGAAUAAGACUUCUGAUAUUCCGGUUGCUCUUGAGAUGAACCAAGAUUGUUCAGCGUCAGAUGCGAUGUUACUUUUGAAAAGACUGAAACCUGUCUCUUCUAGCCCAAUGUGCCAAAAUGGCCAGUUAGACGUGAUCAAUUUGUCACCUUGAGCCAUUGAAUGAACAUUGUGACACCUUGUAUUGAUUACAGAAAAUAUUUUUCUAAAUAUGACGAAUCUUAGAUUUGUGAAACAGGUUAAAGUGUAGAUUGAUAUGGGUGGUCAUAUUGAGGCAUUUGUUCGAGUUGCUCUCUUUGUAAGAUUAUCAAGGUGUUUGGUAAGGAUGGUAAAAUUUUCUCUCAGGUAUCAUUGGGAAUUGGUACUAUGUUUUGAACGGGACAUAUGAUGCUGAACGGUAACAUCAUCUGAAGUUAGAAGUUGGCUGAGUUGGCUGUGCAUUAUCCAUGAUUUCUAUUCUACAUCAUUCGUCAUUUUGGAGCAUGGUGGAAUCUCAUUUGGUCAAUUGCUGAAUGAAUAUGUUUCCACACUUUUGGAGCUCUAAAGAGGGUACAUAUUACUGAAUUUAUCUGACAGAAGAAUUGGCUUCUGCCAAAUGAUGGAGCCAUGGAGGUCCUAUAUGAUGGAGAUAAUCUCUGGUGUAUGCCAUGGCCAAACCUAGUGGUGUUAUCUUAAUUUCUGAAUGGUACCAUAGAAAAGAUAGGGAAGUGACUUACAUCUCUCAUCUCUUUAUCGAAUACCAUAUUUCCUUCCUUUGAGAGGAACUUCCCUUUGGUCAAUUCUGAUUCGAUCAACCCUGGAGUGACUAUCGUGAUCCCAAUGUCUCCUCCAAGCUCAACUCUGAGUGUCUCGAAGAAGAUCACCUGUGCUGCUUUACUGGCCUAAAAAGGAGAUAGGUGAACAACAGGUGAGAUUGAGAAAUGCUAAACAAAGAAGCAAGAUUAUCAAGUAUGAUGGAUGUUCACAGUGUAGAAAGUCAUCCUCGGUGCAGGUAACCAUGCUCCAGAUGAGGCAGUAACUAUUAUCUUGCCUCUGCUUUUUCUGAGAUGUGGAAUUGCAAAGUGGGUACUAUAGAUUGAUCCCCAGAAGUUUGUUUCCUGCAAUAGUCCUCCCCAAUUGGUUAGUCAGUAAAAAGCAUAUUCAGCUUAUUGCAAGGGUUAAACCAGUAUACAGAAAGCUGCAAAGUGUCAUUGAAUAGAUUUACCAUCACAGGUGCAGCAUUGGUUAUGUGAGUGAAUUCUUCAAACAUGCUCAUUGUAGCAAUUCCAGCAUUGUUCACCAGAUGAUCCACUAUUAUCGCGGGGUGCGUGCAUGUAACGAACAGACUGUUAGCUAAACCAUUGCGGAUUACAGAACUACUCCCUCCGUCUCGUAAUACUCGACCCGGUUUGACCGGCACAGAGUUUAAGGGACUUGAAUUGACUUAUUUAAUUUAAUAGGUAGUAGUUGAUAGUGGGGUAUUAUUUUAAUGUAGUUAGUGGGAGGUGGUUAAGAGGUAGGGUUGGGGGAGAGUAAGGGUUGAAUUUUUAAUUAUUUUUUGUAUGGAGUAGGGGUAGGUGGGUUAAUAGGGGUGGAGUGAGAAAUAAUAUAAUAUUGUUAGAAUAUUUCCAUUUUUAGAAACAGGUCAAGUAUUAAGGGACGACCCGAUAAGGAAAACCGGUCAAGUAUUCCGGGACGGAAGGAGUACUUCAUUAGGUAUUGUGAAAUGAUAGAAAAGAUUAGUCCCAGAAUCACCGAAUAUGUUUCUAUUGUGGUGUAAAUCAUGCUAUUGGACUAAUCUGUACUGAAACAUUUUGUUAAUGACACUAUUGUGUUGCAGAUUCAACCCACAGUUCAAUUUCUGAUGUAUAUAUUUAUCCUAUAAUCUUAUCCAUAUGUUAUGUUGAUAGACA